UUCAGCACCGCGGACAGCUCCGGGUAAAAGCAGCAGCGAGUCGCUCCUCUCUCCUCUCCUCUCCUCUCCUCUCUGCUGCUCUGCUCUGGAUAAAACCCAUUUCUUUUUUUUAUUACACCUCUCCAAGACAACAAAUACGACAUAUUCUUCGAGGAGUUGUUUAAUUCAGUCCGGAUCAGGCGACAUAUUUGUAGUGACAAGGCUACAGACAACAAGCAGGACACAGGACUCCAGGAGGUUUGCAAUCUCUGCGAAGUUUCCUCGCCACUGAAAAGGGAUUCUGCCUCCUCCUCUUCCUCCUCUUCCUCCAGCCGGUCUCUGCGCAUCCCCGGAUCAUCGGCUGGUGUUUCAGGGGGGAAGUUGAGCAGAAAGUGGCACCUUUCUCCUUGUUUGGACUAUAUCCUAAUACAAGUUGGACUUCUUUUCUUCUCAGCUCUACUGCGUAAUUUCCCAGUUGUGCGUAAAAGGAACUCCAUUUGUUGGAUAAGUAGCAAAAAAAAAGGCAAGUUUUCUUUGGUGCUAUAUAUAUAUUUAUAUAUAUAUAUAUAGGCUUCUUCUUCUUACAGCCUGUAAAUGCUCCUAUGAUGAUGAUGAUGCGCCCUGGAUACAAGUCUCCUCCUCUCUGGCACCACUGAUUCUAGAGCUCCUUCUUUUUAAUUUAACAUCCACACAGAGAGGGAGGAGACUUUUGGACUAUUUCCUAAUAGAAGUUGGACUUUAUUGCGUAAUUUCCCAGUUGUGUGUGCGUAAAAGAAAUUCAUUUUUUUUGGAUAAUAUUUCUAGUAGCAAAAAAAAAAAGGGCAAGUUUUCAUUUGGGUGCUAUAAAUACAGUCUUCUUCUUACAGCCUGUAAAUGCUCCUAUGAUGGUGAUGAUGCGCCCUGGAUACAUGUCUCCUCCUCUUUGGCACCACUGAUUCUUGAGCUCCUUCUUUUUUAAUUUAACAUCCACAGAGAGAGGGAGGAGAGGAGGGACUGCCAUCUUCUCCUCAUCUUCUCGACAUUUUCGACAACUACUGCUAAGGACUGGUAGGUGAUAAUGGGCCAUGGAUCGGUGAGAAAAUGUUUAAUCAGAUUGUUGUAAAAUGAAGUUGGAGGCCCUGGACGCAGCUUAGCAACUUUUACCAUCCUCAUCCAUCAUUUUAUUAUAAUAGACUUGCUGUAAAGAUAUAUAUAGGUGUGUGUAAAAGCUUGUUUCAUGACGGAAACGAUGGCGCUGAGUGGGAACUGCAGGACUAACCCCAAAGAGCAGCAAAUAUCUGUCCAGAACAGCUUCCCAGAUGUGGUGGAACUAAACGUAGGAGGGCAGGUUUAUUACACGCGUCACUCAACUCUAGUGGGCACCCCCAAUUCACUCCUCGGGAAACUGUUCUCCUCCAAAAAAGAGGCGUCUAAUGACUUGGCGAGAGACCCAAAGGGACGUUAUUUCAUCGACAGAGACGGGUUUUUAUUCCGCUAUGUGUUGGACUAUCUCCGAGACAAGCAGGUGGUGCUCCCGGACCACUUCCCGGAGAAAGGGAGGCUCAGGAAAGAGGCGGAGUACUUCAUGUUGCCAGACUUGGUGAAGCUCCUGACCCCUGAUGAUGUCAAGCACAGCCCGGAUGACUACUUCCAGAGCGACUAUGAGGAUGGAUCUCUGCAAGGCAGCGAUCACAGAGGUCAGUGCCCGCCUUCAUCUCUCGUCCCAGCGGAUAGGAAGAGCGGCUUCAUCACGGUGGGUUACCGGGGGUCGUGCACCAUGGGCCGGGAGAGUCAGACUUCAGACGCCAAGUUCAGGAGGGUGCCUCGGAUACUGAUCUGUGGGAGGGUGGCCCUGGCCAAAGAGGUGUUCGGGGAGACCCUGAACGAGAGCCGGGACCCGGACAGGACCCCGGAUCGCUACACCUCCAGGUUUUACCUCAAGUUCAAGCACCUGGAGAGGUCUUUUGACAUGCUGUCGGAGUGCGGCUUCCAGAUGGUGGCCUGCAACUCGUCGGUCACGGCCUCGUUUGUCAACCAGCACACUGAGGACAAGAUCUGGUCCAGCUACACGGAAUACGUCUUCUACCGUGGCCCAUCACGUUGGUCCUCCCCUCCGUGUGACUGCUGCUGCAAGAACCACAAGGGCGACGGCGAGGGCGAGAGCGGCACCUCCUUCAACGAGCUCUCCACCUCGAGCUCCGAGAGCCAGUCAGAAGCCAGUUCUCCCCAGGGGACGGUCAUCUGCGGCCCGGUCAGCCGCCAGUCACACCCCCACGCCAAUGUCCAAACCCUGGACAGGCCGCUGAAAAAGGGCCCCAUCGCCAUGCUCCAGCAGUCCGAACAGCGGCGGAAGAGUGACUUGUUGCGCACGCUUACGGCGAGCUCCCGCGACACCAGCACCUGCAAGAAACGGCCGGCGAAGGAGAAGCUGACGGUCGAGGAAGAGCUGGAAAAGUGCAUUCAAGACUUCCGCAAGAUCAAGAUCCCGGAGAGGUUCCCCGAGAGGAAGUACAUGUGGCAGGCCGACCUGCUCAGGAAGUACCGCCUCUGAGCCAGGAAAUAGGACAGAGGGAGCAGACACAUGAGGCCAAGGAUCAGUUUACAAGUUUUUUGAUCAUGACUUCUGCAACAAAAAGGGAGAUAACACUAAAACUGAUUUGAAUCCAGUUUCUGGGGGGAAACUUCACCUUUAUGCCAGUAGGUUGAAAGUCUACACAGAAGCUAGCAAGAAAACCAGACUGUUCUCUUACUGACAUACGUGUGUGUGUAUGUAGUUUAGGCCUACUGUAUGUACUGUAAGUAUGUGCUGUACCUUGCUGAAUGCUUUGAAUAAUUUUAUCCCUGAGGACCAAUCCGAGUGGGCGAAAGACAUCCUCUAUGAAGCGACCAUCCAACAAAGGCUCGCUGAUGGCUACAAUCGGGGGGGUUACUGGACUGCACACACUGUCAUCUGUCAUAAUUUCCCUGGAAAAACCAUCACAGCAGCCACAGUUUUAGUCCACAAAGACAAACUGAUUUAGUAUGUGAAUGUGUGUGUUAAUGUGUGUGUGUGUUUGCACCCAGGUGGCCUAGAGGUCACAGAUAAAUCUGCAUCAGGACCCAUUAAUAAUUCAUGCUGUCCCGACAGUGCUCUCACUAUAAAUACACCCAGAGCUCUCUGCUGCCGGGGCGGCGUAAACAGCUAGGUAAAUUACUUAACUUUUGGGUAACAUUUGGAGACUUCUGAGGCAGGAGGAGGAGGUACAAUUUCAUCAGCAGCACAAUUCAUUUUCUUCUUCUAAUAUCGGUUAUAUUGCAAACGUACCCCCGAGUGAAUCACACUGCCCUGCGUUGCAUUGAUUUUUGCCGUGUUGGCUAGAUGUGGAGCAAUUACCAGGUAACUGUGUGAAGGAUAAGUGAAAGUGAAGGGUUUGAUUUAAUGGUCAAACCAUGGGGAAAUACAGAGGUUCCAUAAAGAAAAGUCCUGAUUUAACACUCCUAUACACACACACACAUACACUUUUCCAUUUACAUUACGGGCAUUUUAGCCAAUUACUUUACCAAACACUCACAAACAUUCAUUCCCACAUAGAGAGCGAUCAAUUGUGAAGUCAUUUAAACCAUGCUCAAUAUGACACCUACAGUAACACAGACAGAAUGGGACAAGAUUGCUACACAGGCUAACCCAUCAACACAGACGGAUGCUUUCUGCACUGACUGUUGACGCGGCGAUCAAUAGUUAUUGAUGAUAGGGUCCGGCGAAAGAGCUGAUAGAUGUGGUUCUUGUUUACAGUUAUUAAUGAAGCCCUUGGGUUUCUGACAAAGACAAGCUGGUCAUAUAUUUAGUGAAAAUUAGCCAUUAUUCAUAUAUGCAUUUACGUACUCAGUCAGAGUCGACGUGAUGCAUUGUGAUGUAGUUACAGAAAAACAACAAAGAUAGCAGACAGCUAUUUUUGAAAGAACACAAUUUAAUUUCCCCAGCAGGUUCAUUGUUAUUAAUUUAAGGCUCUUGUUGGAUCAAAAUGCCACUGACAGAAAGAUUUAGAAAUUAAUUCAGGGUGUAAAUUAAAUUGUCGACCACCGCAUAAUUGCAAAAGCACACAGACAUUCAGUGAUGUUGUAAAUGUAAAACAUUUCUUUGGAGAGUUAUGACGGCAAAUGCCAUUUAACACAAUUAUUGUCAGAUUGGUUCAAUGUUUAUUUAAACAGGUAGCGUUAUUGACAUCGCAAUCUCUGUUUUAGGAGAGAAACAUGUUAAAGAGAAAAGAUAUAUAAAAAGGAUUAAACAUAUUGUACAGCGGAUUGUCAGUCAAAACAGUGAGUUCAAGAUGUUAAAAUCAUUUAUUGGCAUAAGAAAAUCGAACUUAAAGAGGACCUAUUAUGCUUUUUCCCUUUCCUUUAGUGUGUUAUAUAGUUUUUUGUGCAUGUAAAAGUCCGUAGUCCGUAGAGUUUGGU